AUGUAUAUGUUGUGUUUUGUUACAACCUAAUUGGUUUCAUAAUUCGUUACGUCACUCCUAAUACUUAUCAAGUCGUUAAUUUACACCAAGUUCAUAGUGAUUACAAACACAGUUAAGUUUAUCAAAUAAGGAAUAAUAAAUAAUAAGACUGUUUUAAUUACAACUGUGACACACGAUAGUGUCUGAAGUAUUGUGUUCCUGUAUGAAAAGUUAUAAAAACGAUGGAAUUACCGAAAGAAGCACGUGAUGCUAUAAAGAAGACAUAUCGUGCUAUGGAUGAGAAUGGAGAUGGCCGUGUUUCAGUAGCUGAGGUCAGGAGAGCUUCUAAACGAAUAGGAAUAGAGUUCAGCAUGGAUCAGAUAAAACAGAUGAUGGGAGAGCUGGAUGAUAACGGUGAUGGUUACAUAAAUUAUCCUGAAUUUGAAAGGAUGAUUACAGAAUUUAUUCAUGAAGACACAGAAGAAGUUAAUGCAGCGCGAAAAAUAUUCCAAUCUAUGGAUGUGGACGGUGAUGGCAAAGUGACAAUUCCGGAAAUAGUAUCUUCAUUAAACGUAUCAAAAGCGGAAGCAAAAGAACUUCUGGAAGAGGCGGACACUAAUAAGGAUGGGAAAAUGUCGUUUGAAGAAUUUUUGAAUGUUUACAGAGGACAUACCGGAUAGUGAUAUAUGUUCAUAUCUUGUGUGCAUUCGAUAGACUGUAUGAGAGCGUAAACGUGUAUGCUGUUGUAUGAACGAAUUCCUUAACUUCUCACUUCAUUUAAUAUUACAUAUAUGUCAUCUGACUACUGAGUAAUUCAAAUAGAAAGACUAUGCAAGAAAUUCUAAAGGGUCAAUAUUCUGAACAAAACUUCUCGCCAGAAUGUAUAAAUUAACUUUCAAUUUCAAGCCCAUUUGGCCUGGACCAUGUCCAAUCGGGUGAACUUUUAUUUGAGAUUAUAGCAUAAUAUUUAGUAGUCUUAGAUUUUAUCAAGUAAUAAUAGACCAUCAUGUUAUAUGAUCAUCUAACUUUUGUGAAUGUUUCCUGCAUAUUUAAAUCAUCAUUGUAUUGUGUAUGGUUGCAUGCCCAAUUUUGGGUCAUUAAUUAGAAAUAAAUGAUCUUGCUUUGUCUGUACCAUUUAAUAUAUGUACAAAAUAAAGUUUUCAAUAAUUUUG